AUGACGAGACACGCAAGAAACUGUACGGCUGGUGCCGUAUACACGUACCACGAAAAGAAGAAAGACGCUGCAGCUUCUGGAUACGGAACACAAAGUGAAAGAUUGGGGAAAGAUUCUAUCAAGAGUUUUGAUUGUUGCAGCUUGACCCUACAACCUUGUAGAAAUCCAGUGAUCACAAAAGAAGGAUACUUGUUUGAUAAAGAAGCAAUCUUAAAAUACUUAGUUGCGAAAAAGAAUGAAUAUUCACGGAAAUUGAGUAAGUACGAGAAACAGUUGAAAAAGGAGGAAGCAGAAAAGGCGGAAUUGGCGGCGGCUGAGAAAGAGUCAAAUUUGAUCAAAUUCAUGAACAGAGAGAAGAAUAUUUCGAGUAACAAUCAACAGGCGGAAGCUUCGACUUCAUCAUCAGUGUCCAAUCUCUCAAAUGGGAAAGCAAAGAAACUUCCAAGCUUUUGGUUGCCCUCUGAGCUACCAGAUGCUAAAAUCACAAAGAUUGAAAAACCUGACUCCACAGUUUAUUGCCCAAUAAGUGGGAAACCAUUAAAAAUGAAGGACCUAAUUGAUGUGAAAUGGACUUUAGUUAAUGAUCCAGAUGACAAGAAGUCACUAAUUGCUAAGGAGAAUCGAUACAUGUGUCCUGUUACUCAUGAUAUUCUCAGUAAUGCUGUCCCAUGUGCUAUUAUCAGAACUACUGGUGAUGUGGUCACCAUGGAAUGUGUUGAGAAGAUCAUCAAGAAGGAUUGGCUACACCCACUUACUGGUGACAAGUUAAAGGAAAAGGACAUCAUCCCUCUCCAAAGAGGGGGUACAGGAUAUGCCCUCACUAAUCAAAAACUGGAGGGAAAGAAUGAGAGACCAGUUCUACAAGCUUAG